AUGUUGCCAAAGUUCGAUCCAACAGACCCAAAAGCUUGCAUGUCACUUCUUGAGGAUGUGACCAGUAACGCAAAGCAGAUUCAAGAUUCUGUGUUGGAAGCAAUACUUUCACGUAAUGCUCAAACAGAGUAUCUUAAAGGUUUCCUCAACGGUCAAGUCGAUAAGCAGAGCUUCAAGAAGAACGUACCAGUUGUGACCUACGAAUAUUAUCGCUCUUAUAUCGAUCGUAUCGCUAAUGGAGAGCCCUCUGAUCUCAUCUGUGAUCGACCCAUCAUUGUUCUCGUGUGCAGCACGGGUACGUCAGGAGGAGUGCCAAAGUUGAUUCCUUUGACAGCAGAGGAAAUGGAACAGAGGACUCUGUUUUCAUCUCUCCUUGCUCCUCUGCUCGAUACGCACAUAGAAGGGCUUAGCGAAGGGAAAUCUCUCAAGUUUCAUUUCGUGAACCGAGAAGGCAAGACUGCAUCAGGCUUGAUGGUCAGGACUAUGAUCACUUGUCUUUUGAUGAAAAGCAUGAAUCCAACCAACUCACUUCUUUGGGAUCGAAUGAACACAAGCCCGCAUGCGAUUUCGACUUGUGCAGACACUACUCAGAGCAUGUAUUGCCAGUUGCUUUGUGGGCUUCUACAACGAGACGAUGUGGCUCGCCUUGGUGCACCUUUUGCUUCUUCCUUCCUCAAAGUAAUCAACUUCUUGGAAGAUCACUGGGAUGAGUUAUGCUCCAACAUAAGGACUGGCCGGCUCAGCGACUGGAUCACAGACCCCCAUUGUGUUUCAGGGAUGGGUAAGUUCCUCACCGCUCCAAAUCCAGAACUAGCGAGCCUGAUCGAGCAAGAAUGCAAGAAAACAUCAUGGGAGGCUAUAGUGAGGAGACUAUGGCCAAAUGCAAAAUGCAUCGAAACCAUUGUGACCGGCUCCAUGGCACAGUACGUUCUGAUGCUGGAAUUCUAUGGCGGAGGCCUUCCUUUGAUUUCAAUGGCUUACCUCAGCUCUGAAUGUUUCUUUAGUUUCAAUGUCAAUCCUUUGUGCAAGCCUUGUGAUGUGUCGUACACUUUCCUUCCAAGUAUGGGCCGUGUGGAUUCCUCCUCGUUUCCAGGACACUACGUGCUCUAUUGGGAACUCGGCAGCAAAGUCAAGGAUGCAAAGCUCGAGCCUGACCCCAACGUCUUGGAAGAAUGCUGCUUCACCGUUGAGGAGUCUCUCGACGCUGUGUACAGAAAAGGACGAAAGAAUGAUAAGAGCAUUGGACCGCUUGAGAUUAAGGUUGUUAGGCGUGGCGCUUUCGACAAGCUCAUGGAUUUCUUCGUGGCUCGAGGCUCUUCCGUGAGUCAGUACAAGACGCCAAGGUCGGUGACGAGUGAAGAAGCCUCGAAGAUAUUGGAGGCUACGGUUGUUUCCAAGUUUGUUAGCCGGAAAACUCCGUCGUGGGAGAUACAUGAGCUGCAUUCCAGCAGAUAA